AUGGAAGGGAAUAGCUCUACGGGCCAGCAAGUGCUCGGGGAUUCCGCACCGGUGGAAGCUCUGGCUCCGGCUCUUUCGACCUUCGAGCGAGUAAUCACUACUCACACGCCUAUCCUUGAAUCCCUCUUACUCCAGACUCCGACCGAAGCCAUCCUCAAGCUCUUCCACACCUCCCGCUACCUUCGAUCCUUUCUCCAAUCGUAUCCGACGGCAUGGAAGCACCUCUCUUUCCGCUUGUUCUACCCAUCCGGGAGCCAGUUCCCGCUCCGAAUCGUGUUCCCUAGCGGAUCUGAAUCGAUGAUGCCACGGCAGUCGCGGCCGUAUGCUCUCGAUCAGCUGCUGAUGAAUGUGGUGGUGCCGUUCAGCCCAUGUCUGAAGAGCCUGGAGCUGGAUAAUACCGCGGUCUCGGGACAGAUUCUGAUCUCGACCGUAUUGCACUCACGGCGGGAAACGCUAGAGCACCUGUCUGUCCGCGGCUGCAAGAACGUCUCGCUCAAGUACCACAUCAUUCCAUACCUGACGAUGUUCGGGCUCCAGUUUGAUGUGGACAUGGAAAAGAACAUCGGCAGCUCCUCGUCGACUAAGCGCCUUGCUCUGAAGAGUCUCUACACAUAUCGCUGUCGCCAUCAUCGGCGCAGGCCCUACCUGUCUUCGUCUCUCACGCGCAAGGACUCUGAUUCGGAACCCACGCACGAACUUGUCAACCUCUGCCAUAAACUGGGGAUCUGGACUGACACGGCGUGGUGCUCUACUCCCGCUGGAAGGUGCUUCAGGAGAAGAGGCUAUGUCUCCAUGCGGGUUCCACAAGGAUCUGCCGAAGUCUGGGUAGUCUUCGAUCGGCUCUGGAGAUCCAAGAAUUGGAUCGGCCCUGUGGAAUCGGGCAGUCGUCCAAGCCAGCGGGAUGGGAAACUGUGGGAACACGGUGAGACCGGCUGCAAUGGUGAACCGCUCGGAACGGGAGAAGGGAUAGAGCCAGGCGAGGGCAAGAUGACCCCCGCCCAUCUACGGUCGAGCCACACUCGCUUCGUCCAGAAGAUUCGCUGCGACAACUGCUUCGAAGCGAUCUCUGAAAGAUGCGAGCAAUGCAGUAUUUUGAUGCACUGCGUUGGAUGUCGAAAGACAUUGUGUGCGAGUUGUGCUUAUGACAGGCCGUUUAUCCAUAGUGCCUCUAGCCCGCCAGCUUCGGAGGAACCCUCGGUUCCUCUCUGGUGGGCGCCAGGUGCCGUCGUGUCACCCUGCUCGAUGCUGGAUCCUGUCGCAACCUCAACGGACAAUGCCGCUCCGAAUCCCAAUAAUCUUUUAUCUUAUCCGGACCUCAAAUUUCAUUGGUGCUGCACAGAGCCUAUUUUCUCGGGAGGCGGUGGUAUCAGCAUCGGUACACCAAACCGCGACGUGGAUCAGGUGCGCGCCGCUCCUCUGCCCCGUGGACAGGGCUGGGAGGAUCUGGAAUACUCAGCCAAUGAAUGGAGCAAGACCUUUCCCAAGUAUGCCUACGGUGACCCCCGCAAACCCGACUACUCGCUCGAGACGGGCCAUAUCGCCAUGAUGAAAUGGCUGUUGGGCCCACCCGAUCGGCAGCCCACUGCAUGUCCUCGGAAUCUGUGCCGAGAAUGCUACGAUGCGCCUCAGUGGAAAGUUCAUUGCAAGAGUUGUUCGAAGCCAUUGUGUAUUGAACAUGAUCUGCGUGGCCUUCGCCUGCGGAUUUGCGGAUACCGCGACCUCGCACUGGAGAAGAUGGCUAUUCAGAAUCCCACGCGGCUGAGCUCAGAGCAUAUAAAUGCGGAGUUCAUAAGAGAGCUUGGUAUUCACCAUCACGGUCUUGCAGGCACUUCCCCCGAAAUCGAGCUGCCGUAUCGGACUCUUCGCAUCUUUGAUUCUACGGCGAGCAGUCUCACUGAAGAUCACAAUGGGGAUGGCGGCGCCAUUGCCGACUUUGGACACCCUGGCCUGCUGAGCUCGGGAGUCUCUUCAAGGCCCGUGGCGCCUAUCCACCGUCGCUCAAGGAGUUUCUCAGUCACUAAUUCCAACCGUUCCCGCUCGUCCUCACCCUCAUCCUUCUUAUGUGAGUCGCCCUUUGAAUCCCCCAGAUGGCAGGGCUGCCAGUCCUUCUUCUGCCCUCAAAUUCGUGCUGUGGGAGAUCAGCGUCAGCGAUGCCUAAGUGUUCUUCGGGAAUGCACGGCUUGCUCUGUCUAUGUUUGUCAGGAUUGCAUUACUGUCAAUCCUCCCUGCACUUGCUCCUUCUGCCAGGCCCACUACCAUUGUCCCAAUUGUACGAAGCUCCGUGAGCGGGAUGGGACGUGUCGUCGGACGGCGGAAGAAAAGGCGCGGCGGGAGCACAAGUGGAAGCAGGAUAUGCAGGCUCUUGAAGCCAUUCUGGAGUUCAAACUCGCAGAUGAGGUUGUUGAAUUUGCUGGACAGUUCUUCGGCCUGGUCGAGCGGCCUUCUAAUGGAGAGAUCCACGAGACGGAAAAUAUUGAGCAGAACAAUCAGCCUACAACAGCCUAUGCAUUCGACGAGAGCCCUUUGGCAGGGUUUCUCGCCAACGAUGUGCUGACUGACACUUCUGAGUGA